AUGACCUAUGCUGCUCUGGUCAAAAUCAAACGUGCCACACUCGACUCUCGUUCUCGUUUGAACAACGUUAUUGCCAGCAUCGAUCAGAGAUUGGUAAACAACAUAGCUAUUCGGGAGGACAGAAAGGAUACUUACUUCCCGACCUUUUCUCAGAACUCUUCCUGCGGAAUAUUCCAGCAACCCUCCUUUUCUAUACCUAUUAUAUGUACUGUCAACAUGCAAAUCCUACUCGCUGCCUUCACUUUCCUCCUUGUCGAAACAGCAUCAGUAGCGCAAGCUUCGCCUACCCUGUCGCGCGGUGUUAGUGGUGACAGUGCUGGCGUUAAUUCAGAUGUUUCACACAAUGGCCAUAGAAUCCCGUCCUCCCAAGAAGGCAACCAUGGCAAGGUGUACAGCCGUCAGGGUGUCUCACCUGCGAAACCCACAGCCAAAGAAUGUGAAGUCUGCCCGCUAGGAACGGUAUUUGUGAACAGUUUGUCCGGUUCGCCCUGCUACAACGAGUGUCAGGGGCCCGCAGAACAGCAGGCCUACAGAGUUGUCAAAAAGCCCGCGGGGUGCAGCUGCGGGGACUUUACACAUUGGCCAAUGGUCUGUAUGGAUACCGGUGCCUGUGUUGUUAAGUAA